AUGAUUAACAAGCAUUUCUUUGAAAUUGUGUUGGUGCUGUUGGCCUCUUCUACCCUCUUCUCCGUCGGACUGAAACUGGCUCUCAUCCAACAAAGAGUAAGCAGAGAGAGUUUAAGACUCUGGAAUAAAUUGCAAAAAUCAUCAAUUCAGCAGUGUCUACCACACAGGACAAACUUCCUACUUCCCCAGCAGUCUCUGAAUCGUCACUGGGACCAGAGAGGACAGGCACUGGUCAUUCUUCAUGAGAUGCUUCUGCAGAUCUUCAGCCUCUUCAGGGCAGAUAUUUCUCUGCAUGGUUGGGAGGAAAAGCACAUGGAGAAUUUCCUCACUGAACUUCAUCGACAGCUGGAAUACCUAGAAGGGCUUAGAGGCCUGGAAGCAGAGCAGAAAAGUGGCAUUCUGAGUGGUGAGAACCCUAGGUUGCACGUUAAAAUGUACUUCUGGAGGAUCCAUGAUUACCUGGAAAACCAGGAGUACAGCCGCUGUGCCUGGACCAUUGUUCGAGUAGAAAUCAACCGGUGUCUGUUCUUUGCCUUCCAACUGAUAAGAAAGCUAAGAAAACAAGAAAUGGAUUCCCUGAAGAAUGUAGAGCAGGAGCCAACUGCAGGCUUUAAAAGCAUAGGGUAG